GUCAUUAAUUAAGCUUGAACCGCGUCUCUGCUCCGGCGCCCGAUUUGCCAGCAUCACAACAGAGAAGCCCCAAACUGGGGCUGGUACUAAGGUUUCCUGUAUUGUUUAGAGGCAAGCCGACAGCUCCUUGUUUGUCAGGCAAUUUUGCCCUCAGGAGUUGGUUGCAAUAGAUUUUCUUGGUCGCGCAGUCGCGGGGUUGAAAGCGAUGUCCCAGCGCGACGAAUCAACCUCUUAGACCUAUGCCUUCGACUUUGUCAAGCCUCGCCCACGACUAAGAAUGACCUCCAUUUGAUUCACUCCUUCCAGGUCGUGACAAUGCCUUCACUCCACCCCCAGGCCAAGUUCGACCCGAUUCCACCAGAUCUCGAUCUCCACGCCUUGGUGGAAAACACCCCGAACUUCGACUGGGUCAAGCGAAUAUCCGCCACACAGAUCCGUAACAUCGGCCAACGCGAGUUCGAGAAAUUGGUUCUAUUUCAUGUUAUCCAAGGAGGGAAGCCCUUGGUUAUUGAAAAAUGGAACGAUCGCCUGCCGAAGUCGUUCUUUAGCGCCCAGUGGGUAGAGAACACCUACGACAAGAAACAGGAGAAUGUUCGCGAUAUCACCUCCCAGACCGAUAUUCCGAUGACAACUGGCCACUACCUCCGCUCCAUGAAGCAACUCACCAACCAAUGGUCCCCAUCCAACUUCCGCGACGAGAGGAGGCAGCGCCUGUACCUCAAGGACAUCGACUGCCCUCCCGAGUGGCAUGAUCGCUUGCGCAGCGUCCUCCCGCCGAAUCUGUUCUACUUGAAUGAGAAUGUCGAACAAAACGCAUCCCGGCGCAACGAGGAGAUGGACAUGUUCCCCGAGGACCACGUUACAGCCCCCGCAGGGGACCUCAUGAGCAGCCUUCCUCCGGAGAUGCGGGCCCAGAAUCUCAUGUGCUACAUCGGGCAUGAGGGAACAUAUACUCCGGCUCAUAAAGAGAUGUGUGCCAGUCUCGGCCAAAACAUCAUGGUUGAUGCAUCAGGAGCUGACAACGGUGAGAAGGUGGGCAGCUCCAUCUGGUUCAUGACCGAGACGAAAGACAGGGAAGUCGUAAGGGAAUACUUUCUUUCGAUGCUGGGCCACGACAUCGAGAUCGAGAAGCACUUCGCCCAGAUCAACGCGUGGAAGAAAGCGACCUUUCCGGUGUAUAUUGUCGAGCAGAAGGUUGGAGACUUCAUCCUCAUCCCUCCUCUUGCGCCCCAUCAGGUCUGGAAUCGCGGUACCAGAACGAUGAAGGUUGCCUGGAACCGUACCACAGUGGAGACCCUGGAGAUGGCCUUGCACGAAGCACUGCCAAAGGCAAGGCUUGUCUGCCGCGACGAGCAAUACAAGAACAAGGCCAUCGUCUAUUUCACCCUAAAGAAAUACCACAGGGAGCUGCUGGAGCUGCAGAAGAACACUGACAUGGCAUGGCUCGGGAUCGGCCAGGGCUUGUUCAGGGACUCGCCGCGAGUGCAGCAGCUGCUCAAGGAUUUCAAGAGUCUCUUCGGCCUGUACACCGAGAUCCUGGUCGAUGAGAUGUUCAUGACUCGGGAGAAGGAGGUGGAAUACAUCGAAUUCGACUCCUGCAUCACGUGUUCUUACUGUCGCGCCAACAUCUUCAACCGCUUCCUAACAUGCAAGCACUGUGUCCGGCACCUGGUCGACGGGAGUGAAGAUACCUACGACGUCUGCAUGGAAUGCUACGCCAUGGGUCGCUCUUGUCUCUGCAUAUCCGGUCUUAGCUGGUGCGAGCAGUGGAAAUGGUCGGAGCUGGUUGACAACUACGAAGACUGGCGAACUGUCAUUAUUAGAAAUGACGGGUUUGUCGAUCUGGAUCUGUCACCCAUGCCCCUCGAGGUGGCCAGGAGAAAGUACGGCAAGAAGCCGGUUGCCCAGAUCUGCCAGGAACAGCUGAAAAGGAGGCCCUGGAAAGACAUUACCAAGCACGACACCCCGUCCGAACCAGAACCGUCGGAUCACGAAGUUGACGACGAAGGCCGUCCUGUCAAGAAGAAACGCCGGAAGAAGAAGAAGAAGGGCGACGUCUAUCGAUGUCACGUAUGCAGUCACAAGGAGUAUACAUACAAGCUGGCUUUCUGUUCGACGCCAGGCUGUGGGGAAGCCUACUGCUAUGGCGUCCUUCACAGGGCUUUCGACCUGAUGCCGCAGGCUGUCAUGCAGAACGAGAAUUGGAAGUGUCCCAAGUGCCUUCAGAUCUGUAACUGCGGUUAUUGCAGGCGCUUGAAGGGGGGUAACCCCUACAUGCCAAAGAAUACACUUCUCGGGCAUGAUACACGUCCCAUAGCUGAUGACCGGAGUGUCGAGGCCCUGGUCGACUUCAGGUUGCAUAACCUCACAUGGCUGAAGAAUGCCGGCGACGAAAGCCGCAACUUGCAGAGCAAACGAAUGCAGAGGCUCAGACAAGCUGCUGAAGCCGAAAAGGCCAAGGACGACGAACUGGUCAACAGCAUACCCAUACCCGCCUUAGCCAAUGGCGACGAAGCCGCCAGCCCGAGUGCCACCACCAUGCAGCAGCCAAUUACCAAUGGGUUCGACGAUCAAGUCAAUGGUCCCCGUCCUGGGGCCGUGGACGAGAACGUCGAGAUGCCUCUGCCACUGGGACAAGAUCAAUCUGAACUUCAAACCUUGGCCACAAAUGGGGGCCCCGCUGCCGUCGCCGAUAUGUCACUCAUGGAAGAUGAGUCUACGUAUCCGGAUCCUUCCUCCUACCCGGACCCAUCUAUGCUUGGCCAUGAACGCAUGCUCGGCAUGGGAUAUUACCAGCAGGACGACAGUCCGGAUAAGAUCCUCUUCGAUCCUUACCAUAUGCCAUCAGCCGGUGCCAUGUCCGAGAAUGACCUAGAAAUGACCGACCACGUCAAGAAGACUCUGAGAGCAGCGAAACGUCGAGCCAGACAAGAGGAGGACGAUGACCCCGACUUUGCAGCACCUCGUUCAUGGAAGCGCCCCAGACUUGACGACGGCAUCCCGUAUGACGGCCAGCAAGAAGCACUGAACAACAUGGACCCAGCUCUAUUCGCUCAAGAUUCUACCAUGCUGGAUGCACUUGAUCAGCAAGAUGCCGCCGCCGAACCGGUCAACCCAGAGGAGGCAGAUCAAGUACAGGAUUCGACCGCCUCGCUCGAGCCAGGGGAUGAACGCCGCUCAGUAUCUCCACACCGUCCAGCUCUCCGCCCCUCACGGCCUAAGAUGUCGUACGCAGAGCUUUUUGAUGGCGGUGAGGACGAGUUCAACGAAGUUGUCUCACAAGCGGAUGAGGGGCCAGAGGCCGGAUUUCUCGGUUUUGAUCCGGAAAACGCCAACAGGGACCCUCUCGAUCUGGCUUCAGUAGGCAUCCGAGCUAUGAGUCCAGCUGGCGAUGAACCGGACAAGGCCCAGACCCCUACCACUGCACCAGCAGCUACUCUUGCUCCGGUCAGCGGGAAGAGACGGGGCCGACCUCCAGGCCGGCCGCGCAAGUCGGAUGCUACUCCAUCUCAGGCAUCCGCCCCGGCAUCAGAUAAAGGGCCGAGCAUCCCCACACCGCAGGCCGGCACUGGGAGGAAACGUGGACGUCCCCGAAGGUCAUUGGCGAACGAAGAACCAAGCGAGGCUGUGCAAGUCGAGGUCGAACAUCAUGAAUCCCCGAUUGACCAUACAAGUGACGAGUUGGAGGCUCAGUUGGCUAAAGAACUGGAGGCUUUUGAUGAAAACAGCGAGCAGAUCGAGCAGCCAGAGCAGCCCGAGCAGCCCGAUGAACCCGAGGAGCCCGAACAUCCUGUGGCUAGACAGGACCAACAAGCCCCGAGUUCUGCCGCCAAGAGGCGUGGCCGCCCGCCAAAGAACGCCCAGGUGCAGUCCCAAGUAAAGACACAGGUAAAGACGGUCGCUGUAGAGAUACGCUCAAGCCGCCCUGCUUCGCCGCCUCCAGAUAUGAAGUUCUUGUCUAUGAAAGAGCGUAUGGCACUGAGGGGCAAGAAGUUCAAGAUCGCAAAGCGGAAAUCCGACAGUGUUGAUAUUUCGAGGGAUAAGGAUGCCAGUCCAACGACCGUCACCCCGAGAGGUAGUCACGGUGCAGAGACCGCAGGCCGUGAUUUUGUUUCCAGAAUGGAAGCGAGAUCGGCUACUCGGGAGACUUCCGCUUCACCAUUUGUUGCGUCGAGCUCCGGGUAUUCGAGCCGAUCCCCUGCUACUCGUCGGCCUGCACCACCAGCUUCAGAGCCCAAAAGGCCGCCUGGGCCUACGAUUGUACGACUUGGAGAUACCGAAGAUGAGUAUGAGAGCGAGGAUUUUAGCACCAACCGCGAUGGUCGGGGCGAUAUCAGCUCAGAUGUGACAUCCGAGGCGACCUCCGAUUUCGAUGAAGACGAGGAUAUUCCGGCCCGCAAAGCCCCAGUCGGUGCUGCCCGCCACGACGGACGUACGGCUAUCAGAGCAUCUGCGCGAGGUGGCCGGGCCGGUCGACCUCGCGGCCGUGGGCGUGGGCGUGGGCGUAGGAGGGGUUAAGGUUGGCUGUGGUUUGAGAUGGAACUAACUGAUCAUGGGGGAGGUUGCCGGCACAAUGAUACCCUGCUCUGCGAUUUCCUGGCAACUGAGUUGUAUUUCCCCUAUAUCAAGUCGACACAACCAUCGAACAGUUAGGUGACUCGCUGACUGGGCGCUGUUUAUCGAUGUUGUACCACAGUAGUAAUAACC